CUUCUUGACGCGUGCUACACAGAACUCUGCCGGUUUGAGAUCGCGGAGCUGAGACUUUCGGCAUAAGAGACUUACCUCGACUUCAUCUCGAGGCCGUUCAAGCAUCGGUUCCGAUAUCUGUUAACAACCAUGGGCAUGGACCCUAAGUACUGCAAGGUGACGGUGCACCCAGCCAACAUCAAGGCGUCUCCGCCUCGGAUGCGACGACAGACUGUCGGCGACGAAGGUCUCAGUUCAGUCCGGAACGAGUCAUUCAAGCGGGCGCCGCCGCCUGUGCCGCCCUACAAGGCGUAUGCUGCCGCUGUCUUCGACAAUGUGGACGAGGUACUGGAAGACGACACAGCUGACAUCGCUGUACUCAGUGAGGAGGAACCGAUGCCGUCGUCCCGCCGGCGCGCACACACGACGUCUUCGAUGUCCACUUCAGCACGCCUGUCAAACAUCCUGAACCCGCUGUCACGCAUGACAAUGCGCUGGACCGAGCAGUCAAACGACGCAGGCUCAAACAAAGCGACCGACUCCUCCACGACCAGCGCGUCGUCGACUCCGGAUCUGAUGGACACCCCGCCGCCACUUACGACUCCGCCGCCUAUGAUGGACCUGGCAAACUCGUUCUUGGAUGUGGACACGGACGGUAGUGAUGAGAUCACGCGCCCCACAUUCGAGGACAUGGCAAGUCUGAUGGCAGGAACUCCACCGAUUCCUGCGGGACUUACACUCGACAUGCUACCGACGGAGUACGAGACGCCCCCGAUCCCGUCGCACCUACGCGACGUGCUACUGCAUAACCAAAACCAGCAAAAGAGCCUUUCACCGCUAGUAUUUGAACACAGUGACGAUGAAGAGAGCGAGAUUGACGACGAUGACACCAGCAGUGCCACCACAGACGACUACGGUGAGGAUCCAGCCAACCACUCGGUGGAUAUCGACAGCAUCCGUCAGACACGCGAACAGGCUGUGGCCAACUUUGAAGCCUCUCUCCGUGAUCCCAAUCGCCGCAUACCACGGUCUCGCACCACCGAGGUGCCUAAGAGAAUAGGUGGAUCGGCACGCAACAUCCGUGGACUCAGCUCGCCGCCGCGUAUGCUGAGCCAGGUCAUUCGUCCUCGCAAGGCCACAGUACCCGAUGCCGCUGACGCCUCUACUGAAUCCGGAGCGAAUUCACACAACGGCGGGGAUCCUUCAGUGCCAAUGUAUCACGGACAGGAGCUCCAUCUGGCGUUCAAGACUACGACCGGCCAGAUCACUCAAGUGCAAGGCCACCCCAAGCGACGUGGAGGACACGCGAACCCAUUUUCGCGUCGUGUUCGCUGCCAUGCUGUUCAACCGUACGAUUCUCUCGAAGACGGCGACACGCUACGUAUCAUCGGCCAUACCACUGACGGUCUGCUUCGUGGUGGAGACUGCGUCUCUUUCGCGCGCACCGACGGCACGGUGUUGCGCAUGCAGAAGAUGUCCAAGAAGCUGACGUUUAGCAACAAGAUCGACGUGCGAGCCAAAUUCAUUAUCACUGGUGUACCCGAUCGAACACCUGUGACGUCGACGUCCAAGUUCUACCUGCAAAGUGUGUACGAUCGCAAGAAAACGGUUGGGUUCUUGCGUUCUCGACGCGACAAUCACCCAGGCUGCCUCGCCAUGUAUGUCCACCGCAACGCUGAGGACAAGGUCGAGCCUAUCCAGUUCUUCAAGCGCCAUCCGGGCCAGAAUAUGGUCUUCUGGCACCAACCGCAGCAAUGGGUGUAAAUCUCAUGAAGCAAUAAAGCGCUCCUGGGACGAUCGAAGUACCGGGUUGCGGGCUGCUUCAACUACUGUAUGUGCCACUGAAAGUAUGUGUAUUUGAUGUAGUAUUUGUCGUGAUGUAUAUAGUAGUAUCCUCGAGUCGUGUUAUCUAAUGUAUCAACAACUGAGUGCUGGAAACUUCUACUUUCUGUAAGACAAUUUUAUCGACAA